AAUCGUAUCGUGAGAUCAGUAUCAUGAAUCGCAUCUCGAGCUGAGUGAAUCGUAACAUCCCUAUCGUCUUAAAUUUUUGCGUAUUUUGUUAAAUCUUGCAUUCCUUUAUCGACCACAGAAAGGAGACAACAAACAUCCAGCCAAGCCCACACACUGUAACAUCUAUAUAGCGAAGACCUACCCACCCUGGCAGCACAGCGCCCUCUCUCUGCUGGGCAAACAUUACAAGAGCAACAAUGGAGCUCUUCCUGACAAUAAAGUUAUCGCCAUGGAGCUGGGAGCCAUGCCAGAGCUGAAGAAGUACAUGAAGAGAGUGAUGCCCUUUGUAGCUAUGAUAAAGGAAAAUCUGGAGAAAAAUGGGCCGCGGGUACUUGAUCUAGAACUGGAGUUUGAUGAGCGUGCCGUCCUGCUUGAAAACAUUGUUUAUCUCACCAAUUCACUUGAGUUGGAUCAGAUAGACAUGGUGUUCGCCUCUGAAGCCGAUGACAAAGUAAAGGAGGACUGUUGCCCUGGGAAACCAUUCUGUGUCUUUCGAUCUGAGCCUGGAGUAUCCGUGUCAAUGUUGAACCCGCAGCCAGCCAGCGGUCUGUUCUCCACUAAGAUUGAGAUUCGACAUGGAGACAGCAAAGACUCGAUCAUCCGUAGACUUUCUCGAGUUAACCGAGGGAUCAAGGAUUUAUCCAAAGUGAAACUGAUGCGUUUUGAGGACCCUGUGCUCGGGCCCAGACGAAUCCCCAUUCUGGGGAAAGAAGAAGAGGGAAAACUUGCCAUCUCGGACAGUUCAGUCUUCCACAUCAGCCUGGAAAAAAGCACAGUUCAGAUGAGCGACAACGGCCUGAAAAUGGAUAUCGGAGACACUUUGGUCUAUCUGGUCCAGUGAGAUUUCAAUUGUUACUUUAUUUACAAGUAGAUUCUUUUCUCUUGUCUAGAAAACAUUUUUUGCAUCGGCUGAGAUGAAAGUUAAUCUAACACUAGCUGGUGUUUAGCCUCAAUGUGACUAGUUAAUUGCUGUCUGCGUUUGAAUCGGUGUCAUAUUCACUGUCAUUUUACAUAAUAAAAGCCUGGGGGGACUGUACAUUUAAAGUUCAUGCUCAUUCAAGCUAAUGGGAUUGGAAAUAUUCAUGCUAUUUUACAUUUUUUGAUUAACGGUUCUUACCGUUAUGCUCACAAAUUUACAUUUCCCAUGCAGAAUCUGCAAGAUGAUUUUUUUAAGUACGAGAGAUCAUUAAAAUUGCAUUUUGUUCAUCAUACGCAGUCAUUGAUGCUCGCUGUGAUAGCUACAGGAUAUUUAUACAGGAUCAUUUGUGUUCUUUUUCUGUAAACUAUAUGUAGAUUUCUGUCAUGCAAGUUCUUCAGAGUUAAAGCGUACAACAAAAACAAAGCUAUUUUUAUGAUCGCUGUUAUUUUAUAGAAGCAUGUAAACUGUAUGUAGUCCCUAUGGAUGCUUUGAAGGAUUUCUUACCGUUUAUACCUGCCUAUGGAUUUUCAUUUAUCAUAUUUACACCUGUUCUCUAUUUUACACCCAUAAAUCAUAGUAUUUCAACAGAGUUUCUGUAAAGAGAUCUGUUCCUCCAAACGUUGUGUCUGGGAUUCAAUUGUGUUGUCUGCACUUUUGUCGGCCCUCAGUCUGUCAAAUUUCAUGAAUUCUGAACACUUAAUAAAUAAUUGCUAAUAAAAUGUGCCUCUGG